AUGUUCAUAUACUUGAGUAAGAAGAUUGCAAUUCCAAACAAUACCAAAAUAAAUGCAAUUGCUUGGAACAAACAAGAUGGGUACAUUGCUGUUGGAGGAGAAAAUGGGUUAUUGAAAGUUCUGAAAUUGGAUUCUUCUAAUGAAAAUGAAGGUAACAAAAAUAGAGGGUUGGCAGCAACCAGUAACUUAUCAAUGAAUCAAACCUUGGAGGGACACACAGAGAAUAUCCAAGUUUUAGUCUGGAAUGAAUUGCACAAAAAGUUGACCACAAGUGAUGAGAAUGGGGUGAUAAUUGUUUGGAUGUUAUAUAAAGGAGCCUGGUAUGAAGAGAUGAUAAAUAACCGUAAAAAAUCAACUGUAGUAGGGAUGGCAUGGAGUGCAGAUGGUCAAAAAAUAUGUAUCAUUUAUGAGGAUGGUGCAGUCAUUGUUGGUUGUGUUGCUGGAAACAGAAUUUGGGGAAAAGAAUUGAAACAUGUCCAAUUGUCAGGAGUACAAUGGUCCCCUGAUGGAAAAUUAUUGUUAUUUAGUCUUAAAAAUGGACAGCUCCAUUUAUAUGACAAUCAAGGAAAUUUUGUGAUGAGAGUUAACAUUCAUUGUCAUGACACAAAUUUUGACACAAUACCAAUUGUAGGUCUUGAUUGGUUUAAUGGAAUUACUGGAAACCUACAUUCUCUUUACCCAAAUUUAGCUAUAACUUUUGAAAAUGGCAAAACACAGCUCAUGAUAAAUGAAAGUGAUUCAAAUCCCAUAAUAUGUGAUACAAAAAUGUUUGCAGUACACUGUUCUUGGAACCAUAAUGGUUCUUUAUUAGCAGUGAGUGGGAAACAAUUUGCAGAGGACAGAGAAGUAAAUAUUGUACAAUUCUAUAAUCCAUUUGGAGAACAUUUACGUACUUUGAAAGUUCCUGGUAACUCUAUUACCUCUUGUGUAUGGGAAGGAGGUUCUUUGAGAGUUGCCCUAGCUGUUGAUUCUUUUGUUUAUUUUGCAAACAUUCGACCUGAUUAUAAGUGGUGCUAUUUCAAGAAAACUGUUGUUUUUGCAUCUAACAGAUCUCAUAAACCAGGCAUAUGUCUAUCCUUUUGGGAUACAAGUAAUAAUCAGUGCCAUACUCGUUGGGUGUCUGUUUUACUAGCAAUAGCAGGUUAUGGGGACUUCUGCAUAGUUGCUACUAGAGCAGAAGCAAAUGAAAGUUUGGGAAAAUAUGGUCUAUUGCUUUAUAACACCCUAGGAACACCUAUUGAUGGAAAAUACAUCAAUAUUGAACCAACUGUAGUGACUAUGAAUUCCUACCAAGUUUUUGCAGCAUCUAAAAAUAAUUUCAUAGUAUGGCAUUACAAAACGCCGAAGUCAAUAACAGGAGGCAGUGCUAGAUGCAGAAUGUUCCAUAUUGACGACAAUCCAUCAGGAGCAAUCGAAAUCAUUCAAGAACUAGAUACCGCCAGCAGUGUGCCUGUCAGCUUGCAUGAAACCGUCGAUCCAAUAUGCUGUUUGGCGGCGACCGACAAGUGCUUGGUAAUAGGUCGAGAUUCUGGACUCAUCCAGUAUUAUGCGUUACCGCACAUCGUUCUUUCCAAUCGGUACAAGAUCAGUCUGAGACCGCAUAAGAUGGCAAUCAACUGCAAUUCUACCCGGCUAUCUGUCAUCGAUGUUUCGGGAGUGAUGACCCUGAUUGACAUCUCAGAAGGAGUAGGAAGACCCACCACCGGCGUUGAAGGCAACAAAUUGGAACGAAAGGACGUUUGGGCCAUGUGUUGGGCUUCUGACAAUCCCCAGUUACUAGCCAUUAUGGAGAAAACGAGGAUGUACAUCUUCAAAGGGAUAUACCCAGAGGAACCGGUUGCUUGUUCUGGUUAUAUUUGCAGUUUCAAUGAUUUAGAAAUCCAGGCAGUUCUUCUUGAUGAAGUAAUGGAAUCACCUGAAAAACCUAGCAAAGAUCACCUUAUCAAACUGGAAGUUAAAAGUUUGAGAGAUACUAGACAAUUACUUGAGAAAGUUGGCAUAAACGAAGCUUCACAGUUUGUUGAAGACAACCGCCACCCAAGAUUAUGGAGAUUGGUGGCUGAGGCAGCACUAAAAGAUAUGAAUUUGCCAAUGGCAGACGCAUGUUUUGUCAGAUCAAGGGACUACUCAAAGGUAGUAUUUGUCAAAAAGUUGGGAGAGAUCAGUAAUGAAGCAAUCAAACGUGCUAGAAUUGCAACAUACUUUAAAAACUUCGACGAAGCCGAAAAAAUUUAUAUGGAAGCUGACAGAAGUGAUUUAGCGUUAAAUCUGAGACAGACUCUAGGUGACUGGUUCAGAGUGAUACAAAUCCUGAAAAACGGUGUGUCAGCCCCUGAUUACCUACUGAAAACAGCUUAUAAUUCAACAGCAGAUUACUUUGCGCACUUCAACAAUUGGUCUUCUGCAGUGGAGUACUAUGAACUGGGCAAGAACACUCCAAAAAUGAUCGAAUGUUACUAUCACUUAGAAGACUGGAAAAAUUUGGAAUCUAUGGUUGACUUACUGCCUGAGGGUGACCCUCUGUUGGAAACGAUUGGAGAUAUGUUUGCCGCAAAUGCGGUGCAUACUGAAGCUGUCAAAGCUUAUGUCAAGUUGGGGAAAGUCAAAUCGGCUAUCAGUUUGUGUAUUACAUAUAAUCGUUGGGACGUUGCUAUUGAUUUGGCUAAGAAAUAUAAUAUAUCCAAGAUAUCAGACCUGUUGAUGAAGUAUACGAGUCAUUUGGUUGAACAAGGACAAAUAAUGAAUGCUAUUCAAAUGAACAUACAGGCUAAAUAUUAUUUAUACGCUGCAGAAUUAGCCUAUAAGCUUGCAAAACAGGAGGUUCAGAAGAAAGGAAAUAAAAAUCUUAUAAGAAUCAAGAAACACUAUGUCUAUGCUGCCAAACUAGUUGAACUGCAUAAGAAACCAUCGGAAUCUGGCGAUUGGCAAACUUCAGAUUCAAUGUUCCUAGAAAACGCCUGGAAAGGAGCUGAAGCUUAUCACUACUACAUGUUAUCCCAAAGACUACUUUACGGUGGAAAAUUGCAUGAUGCUCUUUGUGUUGCUUAUAAACUCCAGGAUUAUGGCGAGUUUAUUCCAGAAGUUGAUAUCUAUUCAUUAUUGGCACUAACUGCAUGCCUAGAUAGGUCUUUUGCCCUGUGUUCCAAAGCUCUAAUGAAAUUAAAAACUUUGGAAAGCUUAACGGCAACAGAAAAAUCCCAAUAUGAGAAAUUAGCAUGGGAAAUAUUCAGGCAGAAUGAACCAGUUAAUGUCAAGAAGAAAAUGGUUCAAUGUGAGAAUUGUGAAAAUUCACUUCAAGACUGGAAUACAGUAUGUCCACAGUGUAAAAUCCAUUUCCCAACUUGCAUUGCAUCUGGUUUAUCAAUUAUCAAGCAAGCUAUAUGGUUUUGCAAGUCAUGUCGUCAUCCAGCUAUUGAGAAGAAAAUGUCAUUUCAAAAUGCUUGUCCUUUAUGUCAGGCGAAAAACGAAAAACAAUAG